UGCCGGCGGCGCGGAGGGGAGGUGAGGGCCGCCGCGCGCCGCAGGGGACACGUUACUGGGUUUGGUGACCCACCUGCGUGCGCUCGGAGUCUCGGGCUGUCCUCCCUGGCGCGCCCCUGCUGCGGGCCAUGCCCUGCACACGCUGAAUGGGCACCGACCCGGCUCCGGGCGGGCGGGGCGCCGCGGCCCCGGCCACCGGCAGCUUCCAGCUGGAAGACUUUGUAGCGGGCUGGAUCGGAGGUGCAGCCAGUGUCAUUGUCGGCUACCCACUGGACACCGUCAAGACUCGCCUGCAGGCUGGCGUCGGCUACGGGAACACCCUCAGCUGCAUCCGUACCGUGUACAGGAAGGAGAGUGUGUUUGGCUUCUUCAAGGGCAUGUCCUUCCCCCUGGCCAGCAUCGCCGUCUACAACUCCGUGGUGUUUGGGGUCUUCAGUAACACACAGAGGUUCCUCAGCCAGCACCGGUGCAGGGAGCCCGGGGCCAGCGCACCCCGCAGCCUGUCAGACCUGCUACUGGCCAGCAUGGUGGCCGGUGUGGUCUCCGUCGGCCUGGGCACGCCCGUGGACCUCAUCAAGAUCAGACUGCAGAUGCAAACACAGCCAUUCCGGCAAGCCAAUCUUGGUUUGAAGCCCAGGGCAGCAGCUCUUGGGGAGCAGCCAGCCUACCAGGGACCUGUGCAUUGCAUCGCAACCAUCGUGCGAACUGAGGGCCUGGCAGGGCUGUACCGGGGAGCCAACGCCAUGCUGCUGAGGGAUGUCCCAGGCUAUUGCCUCUACUUCAUCCCCUAUGUGCUCCUGAAUGACUGGAUCACACCCGAGGCCUCUGCAGGCCCCAGCCCCUGUGCUGUGUGGCUGGCAGGUGGUAUGGCAGGUGUUUUUCAGAGGCAUCACUGUGAACGCUGUGCGGGGUUUCCCCAUGAGCGCGGCCAUGUUCCUGGGCUACGAGCUCUCGCUGCAGGCCAUCCGAGGGAGCCACGCCGUGACCAGCCCCUGAGUGCCAGUCCAGGAGCAUUUUUCCAUGUCCUUAAAUCUUCAGCUGCAAGGUGGUUUUACUGCCAAGACCUGGCACAGCCCAGAGUGGCUGGAUGCUUGCCCGAGUACCCUGCCACUUGUGACCACCCUGGUGAUUGGCUACUUCAGGAGGACGGAAGACGUUUCCAGCAAGCCAAAUCCUGAUUGUUCUGGAUUUGGCCGUUCAGGGCAGCGACCACCCCAACUGGAAGCUUUUCUUUUGAAAGUGCUCUGAAAGUACAAGAGGCACAGAUAUCUGUCUGCCUUUCCUCUGUUGUGUGGGGAGGAGGCUGGUGCCCCCCAGCUGGAAUAGGGGGUUCCCAGUGAUUCUUUAGAGCCUCAUCUUGAGCAAGCCUCACCCAAGAAGUUCAACUUCCUGCUCUAACCUAAGAACACCAAGGCUCUCUAACAAGUCCUGGAUUUGAACUUGCCAGGUGGCUCUGAGAUCUCAGGCAGGUCAUGCUCCAUCCAGGUAGCGGUGACGUCCACUCUUUGACGACAUGGAAACCCGUGCCUCCCUCAUAGUCUAGACUGAAGACAGUGAGAUGAUAUGUGUUAGAGGACUAGGGAGCCUGCAGGUCCUAAGAAGUAGAGGAUGGUGACUAUCUCAAGAGUCCCUGGGUACAGGAGGUGGGAAUGAUGUCGAAUUGUUUCCAAGUUCCUGCAGAAGAUAGAGUCCAGCUCCAGCAGCUGCAGCCUCCUUCCAACAACCAGAGACAGAGCUCCUACCAACCCCCACGACGUCCUCAGAAGAACACUUCCUUUUCACUCAUCUGUUCAGUUAUUUCUCUCCCAGGUCAAUACAUGAGUCACCCAAGGACCAUUUGUAACCAAGGAAACACUGCAUGAGGUUGUUGUUUUGUUAUGUGGUUAGUUUAUCUGUUCAUAUGGAGGAACCAGAAUCAGAAAAUACGAAGAUGAUGACCUUUGGUGAGAGAAGACAGGUCCCAACCACUGGUCAGUGGUCAGCUCUGGCGCUUGUCUGAGGCCCGUGACUCCAACUGUACCAUUCCUACCUGUCCACCAAGAUCCCCUGCCUCCAGAACCUUCCUGGAGUAAUGCUGGUCGGCCCCCUGUCAUGGCUUUCAUGCUCCAAACGUCAAUGGCCUACUUUCAAUUUCAGGAAAAAUUUAUUUUCAAGGAAAGGAGAUAUAGUCUCCCUCUUGUGAUAUCUUUUUUUGAACAUUUGCAAAUCACCCAGACAACCUCAUAGCCUUUCACCGGUCUGUCUCACGGUGAUAUUUUGCCAGUUGUUGCUUCACAAACACAGUUACAAAUGGGUUGUUUGACUCCUGGGUCUUGCUGACUGAUAACCCCUUUUUAGAUGAAAGUCUUAUCUUUCCUCCUUUGUCCUCAGGGCCAGCGUCACCUGGCCAGGGUGUCACCUAACCAGGGUCUCACUCCGCUACAGGUUGCUGCUGACAGCCGUGUCUCCAGAACCUGCUGACCUCAGAGUCCCUUCCUUCUCCAUUGUAAGCAUCCUGCUCCUCACCUCCCAGCUGGAGUCACUGAGCUGCCGCCUUGGAGGGACCACUGAU